UUAGUUGGUUAGUCCGUCUUAUGUAACUGCAUAAUUACCUCUCGGAGGUUAGAUGCAUUGAGCCGUCGCUUAACUCCGGUAUUGGAUAAGUCUGACGUGUAGGGUCAGCUGUUUGUUAGUUAUGUUGUACGUUUCUGGAUUUUAUAAGUCAGAAGUGUCGUUUUUGUUGUUUUAUUCUAUUUUCACAGAUGAUGGUGAGGAUUUAGAAUUGGGACUUUUGAGAGCCUUAUAUGACGAUUCUAUCUAUCUACCUAUCUAAUACUUAAAAGUCCAAGAAAGAAGAAAACAAUCCAACCUCAUCAUACUACCCGAAGAUAGACGAUAUAAUUAACUACCUACUUACCAUACUACUAAUCAACCACCGUGGCUCGCUUCCUCUCUCGAUCACCGCACCAACCACUCUCCAAAAUGAUGAAAGCCAUCGUAAUCCACGAGCCCGGCGCUCCAUCCGUGCUCAAACUCGAACAACGAUCCAUCCCCCGUCCCAGUCCAGGAGAAGUCCUCAUCCGCGUGAAAGCCUUCGGACUGAACCGCUCUGAGAUGUGCACGCGUCUAGGCCAGUCCCCCAGCGUGAAAUUUCCCCGGAUCCUCGGUAUCGAAGCCGUCGGAACGGUUGAGCAGGCGCCCGGGAACGAAGAUACGAUCCCGUCCGGCGCGACGGCCGUGACGUGCAUGGGUGGGAUGGGCCGCAUGUUCGAUGGUGGGUAUGCGGAGUAUACGUGUGUGCCGGCGAAGCAGGUGCAGGUUGUCAAGACGAAGUUAUCGUGGGAGGUCCUGGGGGCGUUGCCGGAGAUGAUGCAGACGGCAUGGGGGUCGUUGUUCACGGCGUUGAAUCUGCAGAAGGGCGAGAGGCUGCUUAUUCGCGGGGGAACGUCGUCGGUAGGGUUUGCUGCGGCUGGGAUUGCGAAGCAGCAUGGAGCAAUUGUGGCGUCGACGAGUCGCAAGAAGGAGCGGGAAGGGGUGGUUCGUGAGUAUGGUGCUGAUGAGUUCUUUGUGGAUGAUGGUGCGAUUGCGAAGCAGCUUGAAGGCCAGGAAGAGAGGAAGUUCGAUAAGGUGCUGGAGCUCGUCGGGACAGUGACGCUAGCGGAUUCGCUUGCGUCGACGAAGAAGGGCGGUACGGUCUGCGUCACGGGGAUCGUGGGCAAUUCGUGGUCUAUGGAGAAGUUCUCUCCGAUGGAGAUUAUUCCUAAGGCGACGAAGCUGACGGUGUAUGGAGGGACUGAAGAGGAUCUGAAGACUAUGCCGUUUGAUGAGCUGGCUGAGCAGAUCGAGCAUGGCAAGUUGAAGGUCAAGAUCGGGAAGGUGUUUAAGAUGGAUCAAAUCGUGGAGGCGCAUCGUUGUAUGGAUGAGAGCAGGGCGGAGGGGAAAAUUGUUGUUUUGACUUGAGAGUAAGCAUAUGUGUGCUUAUAUCAAUAGCUCUGGGAGGAGUGCUGUGAAGCAGGUAAUUCUCAUUCGUCUCCCCUUAAUGAAAAUGUAGCAAGUCAAGUCUGAAAAUGGCAUCUGAAAGUCGCAAAUCAAAUCUACUGUGUUAUCAUCCAGGGGUAUCAUUAUCAUCCUCAUAAGCCUCAAGCUGUAGACAGAGAAGCAAGGAACUCAUCUACCCAACUUCCAGUCUUUCCACGUCUCUGUCGUCGAGCAUAUUCCAGGGUGGACUUUGAUUUGGCCAUAAUAACCAUCGUUCUCAUUCCUAUCCAAAAAAAACCCCCUCUCCAUCAAUCCAGCCACUAGGGACCAAUGACUCGAGGUGCGGAGGAGGUAUAGACUAGUAGAAGAAGUUGCUGAGGGGUUUGUAUUUGGAUACAUAGUUUUAUCUUUUUUUAGACGUAGAUAGGAAAGAAGGUCUACCAAGUAGUCUGGAUAAUGUGAAUGAAGUGGUAAGCUAAGG